AAUUAUCUCUAAUCUAACUAAGUGAUUAAUUAAUUUAAUAUGGGAGAAUCAAACACCCAAAGAAUAGCACAUGAAGAUUCAGAUGAAGAAGCUUUCUUGUUCGCCAUGCAAUUGGCGAGCGCCAGCGUUCUUCCCAUGGUUUUGAAAUCGGCUAUAGAGCUUGACCUUUUAGAGACCAUCAAGAACGCCGGUCCGGGUGCAUAUCUCUCCCCUUCCGACCUCGCAUCUCGGCUCAUGAUCAUUAGUCCCAAGUCGAACACAACACCGGUUAUGCUGGACCGGAUUUUGCGGUUGUUGGCAACUUAUUCCGUCCUUGAUUGCAAGCUGAGGGAGAUUAUUCCGGGUGACGAAUCAUCGGUGGUAGAGAGGUUAUAUGGUCUUGCCCCUGUUUCUAAAUUCCUUACUAAGAAUGAAGAUGGUGUCUCUAUGGCCCCUCUUUUACUCAUGAAUCAAGAUAAAGUGCUCAUGGAAAGCUGGUACCACUUGAAAGAUGCUGUGAUUGAUGGAGGAAUUCCAUUCAACAAAGCUUAUGGGAUGACAGCCUUUGACUAUCAUGGUACAGAUCCAAGGUUCAACAAGGUCUUCAACAAUGGCAUGUCAAACCAUUCUACCAUUACCAUGAAGAACAUUCUCCUUACCUACACCGGUUUUCGAGGUCUCUCUUCUCUAGUCGAUGUCGGUGGAGGUAUCGGCGCCACUCUCAACAUGAUCAUUUCCAAAUACCCUUCCAUCAAAGCCAUCAACUUCGACUUGCCUCAUGUUGUUCAUGAUGCUCCACCAUGCUCUGGGAUAGAGCACGUGGGAGGUGACAUGUUUGUGAGUGUGCCUAAAGGAGAUGCAAUUUUCAUGAAGUGGAUAUGUCAUGAUUGGAGCGAUGAACACUGUCUGAAGUUGUUGAAAAAUUGCUACGAUGCACUUCCGGUCAAUGGAAAGGUGAUAUUGGCCGAAUGCAUUCUACCCGUGGCCCCAGACACAAGCCUGGCCACUAAGAACGUGGUCCAUAUCGAUGUGAUCAUGUUAGCUCACAACCCGGGUGGUAAAGAGAGGAUUCAGAGUGAAUUCGAGGCACUCGCUAAUGGAGCCGGAUUCCAAGGGUUUAAGGUCGUGUGUUGCGCCUACAAUACCUAUAUCAUGGAGCUCAUUAAGAAUACUUGAUCUAUAUAUAUAUAGAUGCAUUCACUAUUGUCUAAAAUUUUAAUUUCAUAAUUUCUAUUCCCAUGUAA